UUGUGCCGUCGAAACAAUCCCCCAAGUCUUUGCGAAUUGCGAUCCGCAACACAGACCGAUCAAUUUCGAAGAACCAAUCCAUCUCUUGAGUCUCUCCCCGUCUCCACCGAGAAGUCCGCGGGAUCUCUCAGCAGCAACCAUGGCGACGAGGACGCUGGAGCUGACGCUGAUCUCGGCCAAGGAUCUCAAGGAGGUGAACCUGCUCUCCAAGAUGGAGGUCUACGCCGUGGUGUCGCUCUCCGGCGACCCCCGCUCGCGGCAGCGGAUCCAGGCCGACCGCACCGGCGGCCGGAACCCCACCUGGAACGCCACGCUCCGCUUCACCGUCCCCGCCAGCGGCGCGGGAUCCCUCCACGUACUCCUCCGCGCCGAGCGCGCCCUCGGCGACCGCGACGUCGGCGAGGUCCACAUCCCGCUCUCCGAGCUCCUCUCCGGCGCCCCCGACGGCCCCGUCCCCGCCAAGUUCGUCGCCUACCAGGUCCGCAAGAUCUCCUCCGCCAAGCCCCAGGGAGUCCUCAACUUCUCAUACAAGCUCGGCGAGGUCACCCAAUCGGCCGGCGGGUACGCUCCCACCCCCGCCCAGUCCGCCUACACCCAGCCUCCGCCGGCCGCCGCCUACCCGCCUUCCUCCGCCUACCCGCCGGCAGGCAAGGCCGAUGCGUACCCGCCUCCCUCCGCCUACCCGCCGGCAGCCAAGGCCGACGCGUACCCGCCUCCCUCCGCCUACCCGCCGGCCGCCAAGGCCGACGCGUACUCACCUCCCACCGCCUAUCCGCCCACCGGCAAGGCCGACGCGCCGGCAACCGCUUAUCCGCCCCAAUCCGGCUACCCGCCAGCCUCGGGCAAGCCGGCAAAGGCAGGUGAACCAGUGACAGCCUACCCUGCCGCCGGCCCCAGCACCGCGGCGCCCUACGCCGCUCCUCAGCCGCAGUACGGGUACGGCUACCCACCGCAGCAGCCCGCCGGCUACGGCUACCCGCCCCCGCCGCCGCAAGCCGGGUACGGAUACGGUUACCCGCCGCAGGCCGGGUACGGGUACCAGCAGCAGGCCGUGAAGCCGCAGAAGAAGAAGAACAACUUCGGGAUGGGGCUCGGGGCCGGGCUGCUCGGAGGCGCCGUCGGCGGGCUCCUGAUCGGGGACAUGAUGUCGGACGCGUCGGCGUACGAUGCCGGCUACGACGCCGGGUUCGACGACGGCGGCUUUGAUUUCUAGAGCGCUCCGAUGAGGAUAUCGCCGCAGAGGUCUUCAGUUUUUUUGGAUUUUCCUUUGUGAUAUGUUUUGUUUGUACUACUCACCUAACUGUCAGGACCAAAUCAAAUUAUGCAUCUUACUAGCUGAUACGGUAAUGUAAAUAUGAAUCACAGUUUUGUUUUGUUUUUUGCUCUGAUUUGCACCGAACUUCAACCUCUUUCUGUUCCAAAAAGAUGAAAGAAAGAACAUUCAAAGUUCUAUC